AUGGACAACACAGAAGCUACCGAGUAUUUACAGACUUUGCUGAACAAGAAGCUGUGCGUUUAUACCAGUGAUUCCCGGAUGUUUAAUGGGGACUUCAAGUGCACCGACAACGAGUGCAACAUCAUCCUGACUCAAUCCUACGAGUACCGCGAACCCACUCCAAACGCUGUAAAAGCCGCAGCCGAAUCAUCUUCCGGAACAUCCUCUACAGCGACCUUGAAGGUAGAUAUGACAAGCCGCUUUGUCGGGCUUAUCGUGGUCCCAGGCCAGUACAUUACAAAGAUUGAGGUGGAUGGUCCCUGA